CGCGUCCCGCGCGGAGCCUUGUGGGUAGCCGGCCCGGGUCUCCUGGAGACGACGAUGGCGGGGUAUGUGGGCGGUCGCAGUUGCACGGACUCGGAGCUCCUGCUGCACCCUGAGCUGCUGUCUCAGGAGUUCCUCCUCCUCACUCUCGAGCAGAAGAACAUAGCGGUUGAAAAUGACAGAAGCAUCAACAAGGACGAGCUUACUGAUCUGUACGUUCAGCACGCGAUACCAUUGCCUCGGAGAGAUUUGCCAAAGAACCGAUGGGGGAAGAUGAUGGAAAAGAAAAGAGAACAGGAGGGGAUAAAAAGUGAGGCUAAAAGGAGUGGCUCUGUGGACGGGCUAAGGAAGAGACCCCUGAUUGUGUUUGAUGGAAGUUCAACCAGUACAAGUAUAAAAGUGAGAAAGACUGAGAACGGAGAUAAUGACCGGCUCAAGCCCCCGCCUCAGGCCGGCUUGACCAGCAAUGCCUUUCAGAAACUUGCAAACUCCUCCUCCUUGAUCUUGUCUUCCAAUUUGCCUGUGAACAAUAAGCUGGGACACGAUAGUGACAGUAAACAGAACCAUGACUUAACACACAGGAGAAGUCCUUCGGGCCCUCUGAAGUCACCACCUUUGUCCCCAGUUGGACCGACUCCCGUGAAGUUGAAACGCGUGGCUCCUAAGGAAGAAGCUGAGGCGGUAAACAACCUGAAGCCCCCUGAGGCAAAGAGGAAGAUACAGCAUGUUACGUGGCCAUGAAAGAAAUUUUCUAGAAGUGAAAAAAUAAUUCUAACUUGUUUUUUAAGACAAAUUCACAUAUCCGACAGUAUUUACAAGCAUCCUGAUUUUUGUGGGAAAUUGUUAAGUUUAAAAUUAGGUUUUUAGAGUCAUUUUCAUUUUCUUCUUGGCCCUUCUUUAAAGAACAAUCCUCUUGUCUUUUCUGCCCCGAUGAAAAAUUUCUUUUGUGAACACACAUGUCUCCAGGUGUGUAAAAAGCAUCCAGUGGAUUUUAGGGAUUCUCUUUAGUCUGCUCCAAUCAUUGGGGAAGUUGGAGAUUUUCUUUUAUAUGAGUAGUUCGCAAUUUUUACCUUUCCUAAACAUUAUCGAACAGUUCAUCGCGAUAUUUUAUUCAGUGCGGCCACACUGAUCCUAAAGGUCCACCAAAAUAAAAGAAGUAUUUGUAGUGCAAGCAGAAAAAAGAUGUAAACCACACAGACAAAAUUGCUGUUCUUUAAGUGCUUACAUUGCUUCCCAUAAAAACCAAAAGGGAAGUCAAGUGUUUACUCUCGCUCCUCCAAAUUCAUAACAGAAUUGGGGGUUUUUUUUUGGAGCUGACUGGUCAGUCCUGUCUGUAGCCCACCCUGUAGAAAGCCCAUCAGUGGUCUGUGUUCACUCUGUGAUCAUGGGUGCCCUUCCCAGGAACUUGAACUUUUCCAAAAUGUUGGGUUUUUUUUUUUUUUUUUUGGCUUUUUGGGUCACACCUGGCGAUGCACAGGGGUUACUCCUGGCUCUGCACUCAGUAAUUACCCCUGGCCGUGCUCAGGGCACCAUAUGGGAUGCUGGGAUUUGAACCCGGGUCGGCCGCGUGCAAGGCAAACGCCCUACCCGCUGUGCUAUCUCUCCAGCCCCAGAACUUUUUCAAAAUGAAGCUGGUUUUAAAAUGGUCAGGUAAGAUAAUCAUGGCAGAGGUCAUAAAAAGUGAUGGCUGAAAAUUGAGGAAAGGAAGAGGAGGUCAGAAUUCUAGAACAUUGAGUUCAGGAAACCGAAGUGUCCAGCAGGAAACCCCUGUGAUCUGGCGUAGGUGAGCUGAGGAGCUGCUGGACUCUUGCUGCCAGAGUCGAGGACAAAAGAGCAGUGCCAGCCGGAGGAGCCCUGCCAGCGGCCGAGGAGAGUUUGGGACAUGCUGCCACACCCUGCAUCAGCUCAGGUGUCUGGAAUUUCCUCCUAGUGGUGGUUCCGUUCCCGCUGUGCAACAGAAGGAAAUCGGUAUUGCUGGCAUUCAUGAGUGUUACUGUCUUUUCUGCUCUGUGUUCUAAUCAAGUACGAAAGAUUCUUCACACCUCCUGUGACCGUGUGAUUUGCAAGUUGCUGUUUGCCUGUGAAGUAGUUUAGAGGAGUCUGUUCCGCUUUCGGUUUGUUCAAGCAGCAUGUAGACGCUGGUUGGCGCUUAAUGAUAGAAUGCAGUCUCUUCACGCGUGAGACUCUGGGCUCAAUCCCAGCACCAAAAGAAUGAAAAAGUAGCAUUUUCAUUCAGCUAUUGAAUAGCCUUACCAAAAAAAAAAAAAAAAUCAUUCAGCCUUGCAGGUAAGUACUAUGUUGUACUAAAACUUUAACCCUAUAGUUUUUAGCCAUUCUGCCUUUAUCCAUACUGUAAAUCUGUAUGUAGAAGACAAAGUUGAUACCUACUAAAUGUUGCACCAAAUUAUUGUUAUAAAUUGGUAAAUAUUUGCACGGCUGAUGUAUGUCAUAUUAUUGAAGGACACUGUGAUUCUGUAUAUAAAUCUAUGUUAAGCAGUUUUGAAGUACAGAUUUUAGGGUAGAAUGACGAGUUCAUUUUAUAUUUGGUUGUCCCCUCUGCUUCCAUCUCUAUUUUCUCUUGGUUAAAGUGAGAGUUAGCCAUCUGACAAAUUUAAGUCAGUGGAGACUGACUUUAGUUACUCAAAAUUAAUUUUUAAUUUGUGCAUUUAACUUACAGAGUAGGUUGAUAAGAACAGCUGAACUGUGUAACAUUGUUGCUUCAAAUUGAAGUUUAUAUAACUAACAUUCAGAAUCAGUGCUCAUAUAGCAGCAUAUAACUGAGUGAGCUAUCUGAGUAUGGGGUAUGGAGCAGUGAGAAACUAUAUUAUGUGUUUCUUGACAGAGGAUGUUGUGAUUUCUCCCUGUAGAUUGACACCACUUAUGUUUCUCAGCAUAGCAAAGCCCACUGAAGGCUGGGCAUCUGAAACAUAAUUGGGGUGCUUGCAUGUUCAUGUUUUGCUUUGGUGUCCUUAUAAAGGUUAGAAGGAGGACUUGAUUGGAAAGGUGAAAGCUUUGAGUUACUAUUUACUCAUUAUCAUGGAUGAAUAUUGUGGUCCUUGAUUCUCUGUUUCUGUACAGCCAGAGCCUUUAAUUAAUGUGGUAAGUAAAUAAAGCCUUUUGGGUCACUGAGUGUGGAUUCCGGACAUACGCACUCCAUCCCCACCUGCCUUUGCUGGCAAUUUUUUUUUUUCUUUUUGGGUCACACCUGGCGAUGCACGGGGGUUACUCCUGGCUCAUGCACUCAGGAACUAAUCCUGGCGGUGCUCGGACCAUAUGGGAUACUGGGAAACCUGGGUUGGCCUCAUGCAGGGCGAACACCCUACCCGUUGGGCUGUUGCUCCAGGCUCUGCUGGCAGUCUUUAUUCUUCUUUGCUCUCCUUGUGUCUUGUUUUCCUUCUUUCCCUCCAUCCCUCAUUUUUACUUGCUUCCUACUGUUCUGUAGACCCCAAGCUUCAGCCUUGGGUUGCCAAUUCCAUUUCUUGACCCUUCCUGUUCACUGAGGGGUGUGGAGGGGCUGACUGCCAUUCUCUUAGAUCUGAAAGGUCUUCGACUGCUUAGAAUUCUGGGAGACCUCAGGACCCUGUCACAGGAGGGCACUGUGUGUGGUGUGAGGGCAACACAGUUGGUCAGAAUAGCCUAUUAACCCCGACCGCUCCCAAGACACUUUGGCACUCUGGAGCAGUUAGUCCGAUGAGGCCAUAGUACUUUGACUAGUAUCAAAAUUCUUCAGCAUUAAUGAUUUGAAAAUAUAUUUUGGUCGACUUAUAUUUUGAGAGAAGAUUCUAAAGCUGAUCUAAUAGAGACUCAUUCAAUAGCAAUGACCUUUAAAAAACUUACAUUAAGUAAAACUGCCAGUAGAUUAAACUGUAUGUAUGUAAGAGCGUCCUCUAUUUACUACUGUGGAAUUUCAGUAAUCUUUAGAGGCUUCAAAAUGGUCAAAUGUUUUUUUAAGUGUGCUCUUUUAUUAAAUGCUUGUGCAGGUUUUAUAAUUCGCUAUGAAAAGGUUUAACCUUGUACAUUUUUGUAUGUAAAAAGUUGUAAGUAGCUUUACCCUUAUUUAAAUAAACGGAAUA